AGACGCCCGAGUCACUUGCUGCAAAGGACCACAUAUCGCCACAACCAUUGACACCAGGAAUGUUCGGAUAUAGUUUAUUCCGACCAACGUCGAACCAAGGCUUCUUUUACGACAUUUUAGACGAAUGCAACAAUUUCGGCGUCUCGAUUGAAGGUCUCCACACAGAAACAGGGCCAGGCGUUUAUGAAGCAGCGCUGGCAUAUUCUCCGGCCGUAAAAAUGGCUGAUAUGGCCACUCUGUUUAAAUUGGCUGUUAAGCAAAUUGGUAUUCUCCGUUACAAUGUCAUGCCUACCUUUAUGGCUAAGCCAAAUCACAGAUUGCCAGGAUGCUCGGGUCAUCUGCAUUUCUCUUUGAAGCACAUGGAUACAGGCAAGAACGCAUUCACAAAAAUUGUCAACGAUGAGACAAAGCAAGACUCUGCACAAGAGGUCAACGAGAUUUCAGAAAAUGAAUGGGAAGAUACGAAAAACAUGAGCGAGACAAUGAAGUACUUUGUCGCGGGUGUUUUAACUGGAUUACCAAGUAUCAUGCCAUUAUUGGCACCAACUGUAAACAGCUACAAACGCCUCGUGGAAAAUUACUGGGCACCCGUAAACGUAUCCUGGGGUUUCGAGAACCGCACCGCAGCAAUUCGUGUCAUAGCUCCGCCGACAAGUUCUCCAUCUGCAACACGAAUAGAAUUGCGCGUGCCGGGUGCUGACAUUAACGCAUAUCUUGCCAUUGCUGCUACUUUGGCUAGUGGACUGUAUGGGAUCGAGAAUCAACUGCAGAUUCCUAUUCCGCCUGUCUCUUAUGCAAGGAGCCAAAUGGGCGACAAGCCUUUACGUCAGAAUGAAGGGAAUAGAUUGGCCAAGACUUUGCAAGAGGCAACCCUCACUAUGAUGGAAAAGGACUCGAUUGCGCGGAAGGUUCUGGGUGAUCGCUUUGUUGAUCAUUUUGGUAAGAGUCGGUUGCAUGAGUGGAGGCUAUGGGAGACUAGCGUGACGAACUGGGAAUUAAAGCGCUACUUUGAGACUGUCUGA